AUGCCGGGACUGGGAUUCGAUAAUUAUAAACGGAACCAAUAUUUGGCGGACCAUGGAGUGCCUAUGCCGACCGCCACCUCGACUGGUACGACAAUUGUGGGUUGUCGGUUCAAUGGCGGGGUUGUAAUUGCUGCAGAUACACGAGCCACGGCCGGAGAUAUUGUUGCUGACAAGAAUUGCGAGAAAUUACACCGGAUCUCGCCCAAUAUCUGGUGUGCUGGAGCAGGCACUGCUGCCGACACCGAGAUGGUCACGCAACUAGAAUCGUCGAAUGUCGAGCUCCAUGCUCUUAGUACAGGUCGUCAACCACGUGUGGUUGCUGUAUUGACUCAUUUGAAACAGCAUUUAUUCAAGUACCAGGGCCAUAUUGGAGCGUAUCUGAUUGUGGCGGGAGUCGACCCUACCGGUCCUAAACUUUUCUCAAUCCAUGCUCACGGAUCUACUGAUGUUGGAUUCUACCUCUCAUUGGGAUCGGGAUCCAUGGCUGCUAUGGCUGUUUUAGAAUCACGCUGGAAAAAAGACUUGACUAAAGAAGAGGCCAUGCAACUGUGUGCUGAUGCCAUUGAGUCUGGUAUUUGGAACGAUCUGGGAUCGGGAUCCAAUGUUGACAUGUGUGUUAUGGAGCAAGACAAGCCCGCUAAAAUGUACAGAAACUACCGCAAACCCAACGAGCGGGCCCAGAAAGAAAAGUCGUACCGUUUCCCCCGCGGCACUACGGCCGUUCUCGCACAAUCGGUGCGGUCCCUGGUCGAUGUCAUCGAAACCACUCCCCAAUCUAUGGAAGUCGAUGCUUAG